CUGCACAGUCAGCCAAUGAGGUGAUUGAGAUUGUCUGACGGAUAACAGGCUGGCCCUGAAACAUACUUUCCCACAGACAAGAAAAGGAGUCUGAGCUGCGAACAUCACUUUUGGCUUCAGCUUCCCAAAGAGGAAUACCAUCCAAAUCUCCGCCACACAAAAAAAAUAUUAAUUUCACAGGAUGAAAAUCACGUUGGAAAUGCACAAACUUUCCACAGUGGCCCUCUGUGUGCUGCUCCUGGCCACACUGUUACCCGGCUCCGAGGCCCGCCGUGGACGUGGAGGUGGUGGGUUCAGCCGAGGAGGAGGAGGCUACAGCCGGGGGUGGGGAGGUCAGCCCUACAGACCACCGCCUGUCCAGAGCAGUGGCCCCAGUGCCGGGAAAGUAGCUGGGGCAGCUGCUGCAGGAGCAAUAGGAGGAUCCAUGCUCGGCUCUGCCUUGAGCCGUCCUGGGUAUGGGUAUGGCGGAGGAUUCGGAGGAUACGGUGGAUAUGGUGGAUAUGGAGGGUAUGGAGGAGGUUAUGGAUACCCACGAUACGGAGGUGGUUACGGCUAUGGCCCCCGCCCUGGCUAUGAGCCAGAGGGCUCUGGUGAUGUAGAGUACUACACCGGAGCAUCCAGUGGCCCAAUCUACAACAGCAUCAUUGUUGUCAUUGGCUCCCUAAUGUCCCUGCUCAUGGGCCACUGGGUGGCAUUCAUGUAGCGCUGGAGACGAAACUGAGAUUUACAAACACACCAGAAAAAACCCUCCUUUCAAAAAUAACCCAUCCUACUGUAAAGGGGACAUUUUUAAAGUCACAGUUCACCUGAAAUUUGAGUUUUCAAAAAUAAAAACCUGUUGCCAAUUUGUUUUAUGGACACUUCAGUGACCCUGUGUGAGGACAAUAAGAGGAGUUUGACUUAUCAAUGUGACACCAUUACGCUGAAUAUGAAAACACGCGGUCAAAAAUCAUUAUUAAAGUCACGAAAUGUAAUCUGAUUUGAUGUGAUGUUGCUCUCCUGUCCCAUUUUUCACUUCUUUUAAUGUGACCACUGUUUUUAUACAUAUGGUGAUGACUACAGUCUGUAAAGAUAGAGCAGGAAUUAAUUAGAUCUGUUUUAAGUUAAGUCUACCUCAAGGAACAAUGUCAGGAUUAGAUGUUAAUGUCAUUUUCUAAUUACCAAAUUUAAAUAUUUUUUUCAUUGUGUUGCGAAAUCAGUUUCACCCCGGUUCU